UUGUGCGACGCACAAGCAUCUGCCAGAGGAGAUGUUUGACCUGAACGAACCGGCCACUGGCUGCUGUUUUGUUCUUUGUAAAAGUUCAAAUUGAAUGGAAACAGGGAUUUAAAACCAAAAGAUGCCUGGAAAUACCACGCACGGAGGCUGCGAGAGCAUCAACCUGAACUUUACGCACACCUUUCUGCCGCCCGUAUUCGUCAUUGUGUUCGUCGUCGGGACGCUGUCCAACAUCUGGGGGCUUAGAAGCGUGUGCACCAGCUGGAACAACAUCGGAAACAUCAACAUCUUCAUGCUCAACCUGGGGGUGGCGGACCUGCUCUACCUGUUCACGCUGCCGUUCCUCGUGGACUAUUACGCGCGCAACAGCCACUGGCAGUUCGGCCAGCCUUUCUGCAAGGUGACCCGCUUCUGCUUCAACCUCAACCUUUACGGCAGCAUCGGCUUCCUCACCUGCAUCAGCAUCUACAGGUACCUAGGCAUCGUGCAUCCCAUGAGAGUGAUGGGGAAAAUCAGCAGCCGCCACUCGCUGGCUAUAAGCACCCUGGUUUGGCUUUUCGUCAUUAUUCAGAUCCUCCCUGAUAUGUUCUUUGACAAGAAUGAUCAAAAGUUGCCCAACGCGUGUUUCGACACCACCUCGAACGAACUGAUCAGAGACUACCUGCCUUACAGCAUCGCCUGGACCGUCACAGGGUUUGCCAUACCCCUGGUUAUCAUUCUGGUCUGUUAUGGUCACAUAGUUGUGGUUCUUGCCAGAAAAGCCAACGUCAAUCCUGUACUGCAGCAGCGGUGUUUGAAGCUGGUCGUGAUUCUGGUGAUACUGUUCUCCGUCUGUUUUAUCCCCUACCACGUGUUUCGAAAUGUGAAUCUGAAAACCAGGAUUUUGAAACUAAGCGGGAUCUGCCAGCCCAGCUUCCGCGACAUCUACAUUGCGCAUCAGGUCGGCAGAUUUCUGGCUUGCCUGAACAGCGCAAUAAACCCGCUAAUUUAUAUAGUUGGGAAUGAUGACUUUCUGAUGAAGCUUCAUCACUUCAGUAAGCGGGCCCGGCUGUCUCUGGUAGGCCUGAGAGGCGCAGUCCUUUACCGCAAACCCAUGGAGGCAGACACGGAUUCACCGUCAGAGACUUGCGUCGACCUGGUGAAGGCAUAAGACGCACAAUCGGUUCACACGAGAAACACUUCUGUCCGCCAGUCCCUGCAAAUCAUGCACCGCCAGAGCUUCCUCAUUUCCUGCGUAGUACUGACAGAUGACGUGCAGGAUAUUAAGCCUGUUAUUCAGCCGUGUCAAGUCAUCAGGUCACCAAAGUGUCAGCGCACGGAGAAUCUUCUCUAAAUCUGCUGAACACUAUUACAAAAGACAUACUGUAUUUCUGCAGCUCAUGUUAUCAUCUCAGUCACUGCACUGAUUUGUUGCAUCAAGUAUUCGGUAUUGUAACAUGGUGCUGUUCAUAUUUUGCACUUUCUGUGUAUCACUGUUUGCUCCAAAGCUGAUGUCCUGUGACUGCCUUCCUGCUGUCCAGUGCAGGGAAAGGCCAGUCCAUGUACUGCGCUUGAGCACUGCCAGCGCCUGGUUUAUAAUUUGUGAUAUAUUGCACUACCUUUGCACUGUUACAAGCGACGCUUUUGAUAUACUAGGCAGUUGUUUGAGUAUCUGAGACUCAAUAAAAAUGACUUUGAAUAGAGGCACCAAUUCCAUUUAACUGCCAGAGUGUGCAUUUCACCAAUCUUGUAUUGCAAGUUUAUUUAUGGAAAACAGACAAGAGGCACAACAGCAUGGAUGUAAAUACUGGGACCUACAGCCUGAGGAAGUGAUGGGUUCAAUAUAUUCAGAACCUUAGUAAAACUACAAACACCAUGCUGUAAGUAUUCUCAGCAAAAUGUAUUCAAGUAUUACAAAUUAAAGUACUCCUGCAGAAUG